AUGAACACGUCAGCAAGGCGGCAAACCAGCCAUUCCAUUCCAGCCAUUCCAGCCACUUAUCUAAGUAGUCUGUGUUCACCGUGUAAUAACGGUGAUGUUUACGGCUGUGCCAUUGUGGGUCGGCUGACUAAUGGAGCGACGGCUCUACCUCUAAAUGACAACUUCAUAACAUACCCCCUUUCCCGCUCACUCAUUCCAUCCCUCUCAGCCAUACCAGCCCGCCCCUUCUUCAAAUCCUUCAAACUCGGCAGAUUCCGCUCAAUCAAACGUCAAACCACAGAGAAGCAAAGCAAAGCAGCACCCGACAGUCCAGUCCAGCACAAAUCUGCACCUUUGGAGAAAAUUCUUGGAUUACAUGUAAAGACUUCCGCAGUUGAGGAAUCUGCGUCCGGUGACAGAAUGCCAAUGAGAUUUGAUUCAAGUCGAUGUGUGAGGAGGAUGCUCGCAACAGAGAGAGGGCUUUGGAAACUUUUCAUGCAUUCGAAUGUUGCUUUUCUCAAGACUGUGGUCGAGGAGAAGGUCAAGUCAAUGCCAAGUCCGAGCAGAGUUUCGAAACGGUAUAAUUUGUCUGGAAGACUGCUUAUUAGAAGGCCGCAGCCCAACAAGGCGAAAGCGCAGCCGGCUGUUAAUGUCUGGAAGGGCAGUGUUCGCUUGCUUGAAAGAAACCGAUCCCGUUUGAGUACAUGUACCGUACCUAGAGCAGACGCACCAGACACCGGCAACAAAUCGAUUCCGGCAGCUUGUGCAGAUUCAUCAUUCAAAAUCUGCGAUCCAACACUUCGGCCGUACGAUGAAUGCGCCAUUCACCUUGCGGGCGUAGAGCGACAUGUUUCAGACAAUAUUUUGAUAGUAUGCGCUAGUGGCGCUGAUUGUUCUUUGUCGAUACUCGUUUCGUUGAUGAUCUGUGGAUUGUAUGGUGAUGUCUCUGCCGGUCAGCCGAAGUCACUUGCGAGCACGCAGCAGGUUCUGCAGUGUAUGGAUGUAUUGAGGUCUUCCAUUUGCUCACUCUCGAUUGUUCUGCAUGCGCUGCCAUCUUCUCGCCUCACGAUCGUUCAUUUCUAUGCAUCAUCUCAUGCACAUCUCGACCUAUGGCCCGGCCGGAUAUGCAUGCGGCUACUGUGCUCCUUCCCAACGCCACGCAAUAUUCCUUCGAAUCGAGGUGGCGCUUACAUGAGCCCAUAUAAUUCAAAAGCAAAUGGGUAUCCAGACGCUUCAUUCAAAAAUGCAAAUUCUCCAAUAUUUCCGUCGCUCGCAAAGCCGUUUCUGGGCCAUUGGGGCUGCUUCGCUAGUUACGUGCCAGGCCGCGGCCGUAUCUUAGUAUGGUGCGGGCGAGAGUGGCGUCGCUGUUCGUCUCUGGCUUUGCUGCUUCUUUCUUCAUGCCUGCUCAUCCAUGAGACUCGCUCCGCUGUUCGUGAUGCAUGGGUCAACGAUGCUGCUUCGACCGCCCAGGAAUCAUGA